GCAGCCCCCCUUCAUCUCUCUCCUCCUGCUCCUUUUCUCCUCCUUUCUCCUCCCCCUCCCUUUUUUCCUCCCUCCCUCUCCCCCUUUCCCUCGCUCCCCUCCUCCCUCCCUCCCCGUCUUUCUUACCCCCUCCCUUUCUCUCUCUCUCUCUCUCUCACUCGUUCCCUAACAUUAAAGAGAAAAUGCUGCUAUCCGUGACUUCCAGGCCCGGGAUUUCGACUUUUGGCUACAACAGAAACAACAAGAAGCCAUAUGUGUCAUCUCAGCAGAUGGCACCACCUAGCCCAAGCAACAGUACACCUAACAGCAGUAGUGGAAGCAAUGGAAAUGACCAGCUGAGCAAAACCAACCUAUACAUCCAAGGAUUGCAACCAGGCACUACUGACCAAGAUCUUGUCAAGCUGUGUCAGCCAUAUGGCAAGAUUGUUUCCACUAAGGCCAUACUGGACAAGACCACAAACAAAUGUAAAGGCUAUGGCUUUGUAGAUUUUGACAGCCCUUCAGCAGCACAGAAAGCUGUAACAGCACUGAAGGCCAGUGGUGUACAGGCACAGAUGGUAAAGCAACAGGAACAGGACCCCACAAAUUUAUACAUCUCAAACCUCCCACUGUCAAUGGAUGAGCAGGAACUGGAGGGGAUGCUGAAGCCCUUUGGCCAGGUUAUCUCCACCCGUAUCCUUCGAGAUACCAGUGGGACCAGCAGAGGUGUUGGCUUUGCAAGGAUGGAGUCCACAGAGAAGUGUGAAGCCAUCAUCACCCACUUUAAUGGAAAAUAUAUUAAGACACCCCCUGGAGUACCAGCCCCAUCCGAUCCCUUGCUUUGCAAAUUUGCUGAUGGCGGGCCAAAGAAACGACAGAACCAAGGAAAAUUUGUGCAAAAUGGACGGGCUUGGCCAAGGAAUGGAGACAUGGGCGUCAUGGCCUUGACCUAUGACCCCACCACAGCUCUUCAGAAUGGGUUUUACCCAGCCCCUUGUAACAGCACCCCCAGCAGGAUGCUUGCUCGGUCUGCACUCUCCCCAUACCUUUCCUCUCCUGUGUCUUCAUAUCGGAGAGUGACUCAGACAUCUCCUCUACAAGUACCUAACCCAUCCUGGAUGCACCACCAUUCAUACCUCAUGCAGCCUUCAGGUUCAGUUCUGACACCAGGGAUGGACCAUCCCAUUUCUCUCCAGCCUGCCUCCAUGAUGGGACCCCUUACCCAGCAACUGGGCCAUCUCUGCCUCAGCAGCACAGGCACGUAUAUGCCGACGGCUGCAGCUAUGCAAGGAGCUUACAUCUCCCAGUACACCCCUGUGCCUUCUUCCAGUGUUUCAGUCGAGGAGAGCAGCGGCCAACAGAACCAAGUGGCAGUGGACACACCCUCAGAGCAUGGGGUCUAUUCUUUCCAGUUCAACAAGUAACAGUGGGAUUCCCCUCCCCAUCUUUACUGAAUAGAAAUGAAUUCUUGGAGAUACUCAUGCUCCCAGAUUCCAGAGGGUUAACCAGGAAUGGAGACCAUCCGUCGGCCCUGCUAAGGACUAACACUUAGCUAUCGUUUUUCACAGGCCUGGGCCUGGAAAAAGAAAUCUCUAUGUUCCUGCCCUUUACUAUUGCUGAUGGAGCCUGGGGGAGCCAUCACUUUUUUUGUGUGCUACAUUCAAGGAGAUCAAAAAAACUUUUUUUCUUUUGCAAAAAAAAAAAAAAAAGUUGAACCAGAUUGGUCUGGUGCAGCUACAAGGUAUUGGGAAAAAUGUGGCACAAACAGAAUUCUCAAUAUGUUGGCUGGACAUGGUGGCUCACACCUGUAAUCCCAGUACUUUGGGAGGCUGAGAUGGGCGGAUCACUUGAUGUCGGGAAUUCAAGACCAGCCUGACCAACAUGGAGAAACCCCAUUUCUACUAAAAAUACAAAAUCAGCCGGGUGCGCUGGCACAUGCCUGUAAUCCCAGCUACUUGGGAGGUGGAGGCAGGAGAAUCACUUGAACCUAGGAGGCAGAGGCUGUGAUGAACUGAGAUUGUGCCAUUGCACUCCAGCCUGGGCAACAAGAGUGAAACUCCAUCUCAGAAAAAAAAAAAAAUUCUCAUAUGUUUUUGGUUGGAAUAGAAAAUGGUACAACCACGUUGGAAAAAGAUUUGGCAGUUUCUUACACAAAGUUAAAUAUAAACCUGCUCCAUGACCCAGCAAUUCCACUCUUAAAUGUUUACCACCACCCACCUCCAAACUGAAAAUGUGUCCACAGAAAGUCUUGUACAAGAAUAUUCAUAGCAGCUGUAUUCAUUGUAACCAGAAACAACCAAAUGCGCAUCAGCAGGAGAAUGGAUAAACAAUAUGUGGUAUAUUUAAAUGAUGAAAUGCUAUUUAGCCUUAAAAAGGAACAGACUACUGAGAUACACAAAAACAUAGGUGAAUCUCACAGCUAUUUGGGUGAAACAAGGCAAAUACAUGAGAGUACGUACUGUAUGAUUUCACUUUAAUAUGUUCUGGAUCAGGUGGAGCUAUGGUGAGAAUAACCACAAAAGUGGUUGCCUCUUGUGGGUGGGGUGAUGGGGAAGGAGUAUGAAGGAACUUUCUGGAGUGAUGGGACUGUUUUAUAUCUUGAUGAAAUUGAGGCUUUCUUGAAUUCUUCCUUUUGUGAACUCAUGAAAUUGUGUACAUUCAUGUGCUGCAUAUAACCACAUACACAACAGUGGUACCAUAAGAUUAUAAUGGAGCUAAAAAAUUUCUAUUGCCUGGUGAUUUGUGUUACAGUUGCUGUUGGAAAUGGGUAUUCAGUGUCGCGGAAAUCAACACUAAGAUAAAGGAUCUCUCAGCAAGGCUAAUUUACUUUCUGCAGAAAGGGUGCCACUCACUAGCAGUCUUGCCAUGAGAGCACACACAAACAAAGGAGACAGGGUCAUUUAUAAUCUAAUGCGUCCACGCUAUGGCUGUGUCCAGUUUCCAUUGGCUGGAACGGGACUUCACAUUCUGUUCUUGUCCUGAUUGGCUAGCAACUUAGAACCUCCCAAAAGAGGUAAAGGUAGGGGAGAACAAAGGAAAUGAGGAAGUAACUUGUGGAAUGCUGAGAAAGGCCAAAACACCUCCAAAUAAGGAAGAGAAACAGGCUAUAACCUAAUGCUUGCUUGGGCCUAUAUAGGCAUGCCAGGGCAAAUAUCUAGGCCAAAAGGUGGGGGCUAAGCACACAAAGUAUAUUGGUUUCUUUAUUAUGGCUAGCAGAUAUUUAAGAAUAUUACCACAGGUCUUUGAGUAAAUUUUGCUUCUAAGAGAGGCUACUAUUUAUUCUCAAUUAGACUGGAAGGAAAGUCCCUUUGAAGAGGAACCUCUACUUCAUUUUGUACAGUUGCCUCCAAUAUUUAGUACAGUAACAUGUUGUAGAGGUUUGUAGCCUACAAGCAAUAGGCUAUAUACCAUGUAUCUUAGGUGUAUAAUAGGCGAUAUCAUCUAGGUUUGUGUAAGUACCGUACAUUCUUUGAUGUUCACACAACAAUGAAAUCACUUAACAAUGAGUUUAUCAGAGCAUAUCCUUGUUAAGUGAUGCAUGGAGAUAAUAUUUGUGCAUUUCAUUUUAUGUAAAUUUUACUUAAAGGACUAUAAACAAGCACAUGAAUAAAAGAGAAAUCGUAGAAUAAAUUUUUAAAAAAUGAAUAUUACAUAUCCAUGUGGUAGCCUCACAACCAUGAGGAGAAUUAAGCCAACAGGAUUUGUUGGAAGAAAAAUGAAAAGGACUACAGUCCUUGACAUGAUGCUGACCCCAAUUUUUGAAUCACUCUCCCUUCCAAGUCCCUUUUUAAAAAAUUGUGAAUUAUAAGGUUGGUUGCAGUGGCUCAUUCCUGUAAUCCUAAUUUUAGCAGGUCAAGGUGGGAGGAUGGCUUGAGUGUGGGAGUUCAAGCCAAGCCUGGGCAACAUAGUGAGACCUUGUCUCUACAAAAUAAAAAUAAAAAUUAAAAUAAAUAAAAAAAUUUUAAAAAGCCAGGCCUAAUGACAUGUGCCUGUAGUCCCAGCUACUUGGGAGACUGAGGUGACUUGAGCUUGGGAGAUUGAUGGUGCAGUAAGCUGUGAUCAUGCCAUUGCACUCCAGCGUGGAUGACAGAAUGAGAAUGUCUCAAAAAAAAUUAUGAAUUAUAAUAUACAUAUAGAAAAGUACACAACAAUGUACAGCUGAGUGAUUUACAAAGCAAGUUACAAAGCAAACCUCCAUAUAUCCACAAAAAUCAAGAAGUAGAACGUUACUAGCCUCAUCAAGUAAUAUUUUCCUGACUUUAAUGAUAAUAUAGUUCCUUUCUUUAUACAUGCUUAUACCUAAGCAUGUAUCCCCUAUAUACUAUAGUGCUUGUAUUUAAUUUUUAAACUUUAUAUAUUUGUAAUAAUCUAUUUGUAAUAAUUUAGUGUAUAUUCUUUUAUGUUUCGCUUCUUCUGGACAAUAUGUCUGUAAUAUUCACCCUAUGUAUAUAGAGUAUCUAUAGCAGGGGUGUCCAGUCUUUCGGCUUCCCUGGGCCACACUGGAAGAAGAAUUAUCUUGGGCCACACAUAAAAUACACUAACAGUAACGAAAGCUGA